CGUAGCCACCGAGGUAGAUAAGAGAAAGAAAAACAGGGAACGAGGUUUUCUUACGUUGGCAGGGGUAUUUCGGGGAAAUAAAAUUAGGAACCGCAGCAACAGACGUCUCUCCGCUCCGGCUACUCGAUGCGGACGACAUAAACCACAGAACGACUGUUGAGAGUUAGACAGAGGGAGUCGAGGGACAGAGGGAGAGAUGUGGAGAAGGUCAAUCUCUUUGCCGUUACAAAGGCCGUUUUCAACAUCACCCGAAAUUCAAACCCUUUAUUCCUUCCUGCAACCCUCCGUCUUUGCCCUUAAAAAGACGCCAUUGCCACCACCCAAACCCCCAGAAUCUACGCCGCUACCUCUAACACAAGAACAUAAAACCGCCUUAGAGUCCAGCCUUCUAGCAUCCCUUGACAAUCGCGACACUGAUGAAGCGUGGAAGUCUUUUAAGAUCCUCACAAGCAAUUCAGCGUUCCCAAGUAAGCAUCUCUCCAACUCUCUGAUCACCCAUCUAUCUUCUCUUAAAGACCUUCAUAAUCUUAAGAGGGCAUUUGCUUCUGUCAUCUUUCUGUUGGAGAAGAAUCCCGAAGUUCUAUCUCUUGAAACAAUAGAGACUCUCUUACAUGCCAUUAAAUCUGCAAACAUUGCCGCCCCUGCUUUUGCUUUAACAAAAUCCAUGUUCAAGAACAGAUUUUUUCCUCCUUUUAGUUUAUGGGGAGACGUGCUUAUCGAAAUAAGUAGGAAAAAUGGUACAUUUGCUGCUUUUUUACAAGUGUUUAACCAAAACUGUAGGAUUGCUUUGGAUGAGAAAUUGGAUAGCAUGAAACCUGGCUUAGGUGCUUGUAAUGCGGCAUUGGAAGGAUGCUGUUGUCAUCUGGAAUCUGUAAGUGAUGCCGAUAGUGUUGUGGAAACUAUGUCUGUUUUGGGUGUUUGGCCCAAUGAGUCUAGUUUUGGUUUUCUUGCUUACUUGUACGCAUUGAAAGGGCUUGAAGACAAGAUUAUCGAAUUGGAGAAAUUGAUGGGUGAGUUUGGUUUUUCUUCGAAGAGCAAAUUUUACAGUAAUUUAAUUCAUGGGUAUGUGAAAUCAGGCAAUUUAGAAUCUGUUUCAGCAACCAUUCUACGCAGUUUGCAAGGGGGAGAUACACAGGAUUCAAAUUUUGGUGAAGAAACUUACAGUGCGGUUUUGAAUGGGUUUCUUCGAGAUGGAGGUGCCAAGGGUUUAGCUAAGCUGAUAAUAGAAGCUCAAAAAUUGGAGUCUUCUUCAAUUAGGGCUGAUGGUUCUGUGGGGUUUGGGAUUGUAAAUGCUUGUGUUAAUCUGGGGUUAUUAGAUAAAGCACAUAGUAUUCUUGAUGAGAUGAAUGCUCAGGGAGGUUCUGUUGGCCUUGGUGUAUAUGUAUCAAUCUUAAAGGCUUACUGCAAAGAGCAUAGAACAACCGAGGCUGCUCAUUUGGUAAUGGAGAUAACUGCUUCUGGACUUCAGUUGGAUGCUGGUUGCUAUGAUACUCUGAUAGAAGCAUCUAUGGCAAGCCAAGAUUUCCAAUCAGCCUUUUCUCUGUAUAGGGAUAUGUGCGAGGCAAGAAUACCUGACCUGAAAAGUAGUUAUCUAACUAUAAUGACAGGUUUAACAGAGAAUCACCGACCUGAACUAAUGGCAGCCUUUCUAGAUGAAGUUGUCGAGGAUCCACGAAUUGAAGUUGGUACCCAUGACUGGAAUUCCAUAAUUCAUGCUUUUUGUAAGGUUGGACGUUUAGAGGAUGCAAGACGGACCUUUAGAAGAAUGGUUUUUCUUCAGUUUGAACCAAAUGAGCAGACCUACUUGUCUCUCAUUAAUGGAUAUACAACUGCAGAGAAGUAUUUCAGUGUUUUGAUCCUAUGGACAGAAGUGAGAAAAAGAAUUUCCACUGAGACAGAGAAGGGGAUCAAGUUUGACCACAGUCUUGUGGAUGCAUUCUUGUAUGCGUUAGUUAAAGGAGGUUUCUUUGAUGCGGUUAUGCAAGUUGUGGAGAAGGCACAAGAGAUGAAGAUAUUUGUUGAUAAGUGGAAAUACAAGCAGGCAUUCAUGGAGACACAUAAGAAGCUCAAAGUGGCAAAGUUAAGGAAGAGGAACUUCAGGAAGAUGGAAGCACUUGUUGCAUUCAAGAACUGGGCUGGUCUCAAUGCAUGAAUUAACACUUUCCAGAUUUUUGUUUUAUUAACUCAGUUAUCAGCUCACUAAUCAAACUUGAUGGGUGCCUCUUACAACUUGAAAGUUGAAGGGGCUCACUCUCAACUUGCAAUGGAUGAUACAGGAUGGUGAGGAGUUGAUUCUAACCCUUGCUGCAAGGCUAAGAGAAAGGAAUUCUACUGGAGUUUCUUCUGUAUAGGCCACAGCUAACCUUAUCUAAAUUCUUGAAAUUCUGCUUAUGAGGUUGGUUUAAACCACUUGGCUAGUCAAUUUUGCAAGAAAUUGAGUGACAAUCAAAAUUUGCCAAUUUUAUGCAACACAAGUGCAGAAGUUGGAAGAAACUUCAUGUGUGAAUAUAAUUCAUGAAUUGGUUCUGCAACCAGCUUUUCAGAUUUCCUGUGGUGGUAAACAUUACCUUGCCUGACAAAAAUGAAGUAAAUGACACCUUGCAGAAGAGUUCCAGCAAUUAAAAAAAAUCAGAGAAUAUUGUUUCUUCAAUGUGUACUAUGAUGUAUCCUGGUAUAGUUGGUGCGAAAAACCUACUACAAGAAUUGAGACUUCAGAGUCCUUAUUGUACUUUAGAAUACCUUUUUAUUUGAAUGCACUCGUUGCUACCAUAACAAGGCCAAAUUGACAGUUGAUCAUUUGCUUUUCA